AUGGAAGAAGAGGCCAUUUCCCCCUUCAUUACAAUCGGUCAGGACAAGUACUAUGUCGCCUUCGACUUGAAGCCCACCCGUCUACCGUCCUCUGGCAUUGCCAGACUCGCUCGAUUUGAGCAAGAGUUGAUUCCCGCUACUGCCAUUGAAUGGAAGGAGUCAACCUUCACCCCCCAUCACCUAGCCUCAAUAUCUACGAACUUCAGCACCGCAGAUGAUGCAUGGAGCAAAAGUUUCCUCUCCCUGAUUCUCCUGCUGCGCCCACCCGGUGUGAAAGGCAAUGUCGAAAAACGGCGGAUCUUUCCCCUCUGCAAGUCCGACGUUGAGUUGACCAAUGGUCCAUAUGUUGUUUCGAGAGCGUCAGGCAAAGUCUUUCGCGUAUACAAACUGGCAGCAGACUCCCAUCAGGCGUUUGUGACUGGCAUUUUGCAACAGCCGAGUUCAACAUCGACGUGGCGAAGUUUUCCAAAGUUGCAGAAAGGCAUCCCGUUGCCUUCGAAGCUGUAUUGCUGCCACGAUCGCAGACCAUUGGCGGGCUUGAGAUUCGCUGUCAAGGACACAAUUGCCAUCCGAGGACUGAAAACCUCCUUUGGCAACCGAGCCUGGCAUGACACCUACCCUCCAGAGAAAGCUACUGCUCCUGUCAUCAAAAGUCUCCUCGAAGCUGGCGCCAUUCUGGUUGGAAAGCUCAAGACGACCGAGUUUGCCGAGGGCAUUGACACCUGCGAGUGGACUGAGGAUGUCUGUCCCUUUAAUCCUCGGGGUGACGGGCGACAGAAACCAUCGUCAUCCAGCACUGGCAGUGCGGUAGCGGCCGCAGCUUAUGAGUGGUUGGAUUUCACGAUUGGAACAGAUACUGGCGGGUCGAUUCGACAUCCGGCCGGGGUGAACGGAGUAUUUGGGCAACGACCCUCGCAUGGACUGCUGAGCCUCGAGGGAGUCCUCGGAGCAACAGACUUAUUCAACACGGUUGGAAUUUUUGCCAGACAUGUCGAUAUCUUCACUCGCGUCGGCGCUUACCUCAUUUCCCUGACGCCGCUCCCGCCGAUAUUUCCAGAACGUCGCAAGUACAACUUGCUCUGCCCAACAUCGCCGGCCCCGCCUGACACUGCAGUGACUCCUCACCACGGCCAGCAAAAGUGGCUUCCCCAUCCCACGGUCGACGGAAAACACUGGUCCCAAGCGGAGAAGCAAAUCGAGACAAUGCUGACCAGACUCGAAUCUCAUCUCAACUGUGACAGGGUGUUUUUCGACAUUGAUGAGCUAUGGCGGGCCACACCACCAAUUGGUCAGCCAAGGUCACUCGAUCAAGCCGUGGGCCACAUCUAUUCGGCCAUCACGACGGCCUCGGCGGUGGCGGGCGGCAUCGAUCAAUUCGUCGACCAAUACCGGGCCAACAAUAACGGCCAGCCUCCAAAGGUCUCCGAUUUGGUCCAUCGCCGUCUCGAACACGGGCGCCACUUGUCGACAGAGAGCAUCGCCGACGCCCUGGAGGCGAUGCAGGCGUUCAAACUCUGGGUUGAAACCACAUUGUUCGGUUCCUACGACCAGGACGCUGUCACUUUGUUGAUCUUUCCGCAAUCUCGUGGCCACCCCGACUACCGCGACAACGUGCCCGAUCGCACGGAACUCUUUAACAAUACCUUCAGCAUCUAUUCGUUCGGGUAUUUGGUGGGAUGCCCGGACUAUACGAUCCCUGUCGCAGAGGUCCCAUACGUGUCGAAGAUGACCAACGAGACUGAAUUUCUUCCUGUGUCGAUCAGUCUCGUCGGGCGACCAGGCUCGGAUCUGGAGCUCUUCCACGUCGUGCAACAAUUACACAGAUGUGGUGUCAUUUCGGAUGUGGCCCCAGGGCGGCGACUAUAUCCACAGCAAACUGACGCCUCCAGCACAUAA